GCCGCCAUCUUGGCGGGCGCACAGCGCUAGCGCGCCCCCUGGCGGCGGGAGGCCGCGCAGCCCUCCUGGCGCAGCGGUGGCACGGCUGAGCUCUCCUCCGCACGCGGCGCUCAGCCGGCUGGCAGCAGCUGGACGCCGCCCGUCGCUGUCCGGGUAAGCACGGGGAAACUCGUGGUGCGAGAUUAGAGGCGGUUUAGUCGGUAAAGCAAAACUUGCGCACACGCAUACACCCGUGCGAAGCAAAUUGAGGAACGGUUCCGCUGCCUCCCAUCGGCAAGGAGGUGUUCAUCCCAUGUGUUGCGGCAGGCAAAUGCUCGAGGAGCGGGCAGCGUUCCCUUGGGCGGUUGCAAUGCUCUGCUGUCAGCUGCAGUGGUAGUAGAGGAACCCUCCGAGCGAUCCUGCUGCUACAGCUGUGUGAUGUGAGGAGCAGCCGUCUGCGGAGGGAGUUAUGGCACAAGGUGAUACAGCUUGCCGAGGUGAGGAUCUGUACCCCUUUAAAAGCCAUGUGCAUUGGGCAGAUCUGCCUCUGAAUUGUCAUUUAGUAGUAAGAUUUCUCCCUGUCAUGAAAACUAUCUCCCCAAGAAAGACUGGGAGCUGUUGGAGAGGGUCCAGAGGAGGGCCACAAAGAUAUCAGAAGGCUGCAGCACCUCCCCUGCAAAGACAGGCUGAAGGAGAUGGGCUUGUUCUGCCCGGAGAAGAGAAGGCUGCGAAGUGACCUCAUUGCAGCCUUCCAGGACCUAAAGGGAGCCUACAGACAGGAGGGGAGGCAACUCUUUGAAAGGGUAGAUGACAGCAGGACAAGGGGAAAGGGUUUUAAGUUGAAGGAGGGAAGAUGUAGGUUGGAUGUCAGGGAGAAGUUCUUUGCAGAGACAGUGGUGGGGUGCUGGAACAGCUGCCCAGAGAGGCUGUGGAUGUCCCAUCCAUCCCUGGAGGUGUUCAAGGCCAGGUUGGAUGUGCCCUGGUCUAGUGUUAAAUAUGGAGGUUGGUGGCCCUGUCUGCAGUAGGGGGGUUGGAGCUUCAUGACCCUUGAGGUCCCUUCCAACCCAAUCAUUCUGUUAAUGAUUAAUGCAAGCAUCUGUGCUGCCUUCUCUCCAUUAGAGGGGAAAAAAGAAAAUUGCUUGUACAUGCCUAAAAAGAGAAGUUAGAAUUACCCAGGGAACAACUGUGCCAAUUUCUGUUAUUGAAUAAUUUCUGCAAAGCUGUUUGGCAGCAACUGGAACAAAGCUUUCCAACAGGCACACCUUCAUUUAAACAUAUCUAAAAGAAAGCGUAUUUUGUAUACCUGCAAACAUCUUUUCCCUUCUCUUAACUCUCCUGAGCAGCUGCUUUUGGUCUUCUACUGCAGAAGAGUGUUCCAAUUCUUUACCUGGAGAGAUAAAAGGGUUGGGUUGUGUUGGGAUUUUUUUUUUUUUUGGCUUGGGGGUUUGGUUUUUUGUCCUUAUUUUUGUUUACUGUUUAAAAAAAAGAAAAGAAAAGAGAAAGAAAUCAUAGAAUGGCCUGGGAAAUAUGGGAAGCAGAUUGCUGCUCAGUGCUGAGGGCACUCUCAUUCCCAGUAAGGCUUGUUAACACCUCUGCUUCUGAAGUUUCUGUUCUCUGAAGCAGAGACAACGGCCCAUUCUUACUGCUCGCCAAACAGAUUUGCAGAGAGGAGUGUUACAGAUGGGCUGAGGUUUUGGCAUUCUGUUUGAGGAGAUGUUCUUUGUGCUGAAGCCAGUGUAGCAUUUGUGAGAGAUUUUGUCCAUGAAGAACACCAAUGUUUGGUCCUAUUCCAGUGGAGACAGGGAGGCACCCUUUGACUUUUCAGUAAUGCCUUAGAGAAAUGCUGUGAUGCAGCUCUUUGAUUGGCCAUGCACAUCCUGCACAUUCAGACAAGAUACCACAGCUCCCACGGGGUGUGCUUUACUCACUGGGUUCUCCAAAGCAUCCUUCCUUAGGCAUCUGCCAAGUGAGAAUCUUCUCCAGCCAUCUGAGUUUGUAGAAGUCAGAGAAACCAGACAUGCCACAGAGCAUAACUAGGGAAAACAAGAUGCAAAAACACAGCCUUUUAAUUUUUUUCUUAUUGCUUUAUAUGCUCCCCAGCAGGAAACAUGCUCAUAAAGCUUGCCCAAAGUCGUGCCACACUAAUGCCAAAAAUCAUAGAAUCAUAGGAUGGCCUGAGUUGAAAAGGACCACAAUGAGCAUUGUGUUCCAACCCCCUGCUAUGUGCAGGGUCACCAACCAGCAGACCAGGCUGCCCAGAGCCACAACCAGCCUGGCCUUGAAUGCCUCCAGGGAUGGGGCAUCCACAGCCUCCUUGGGCAACCUGUUCAGUGCGUCAUCAAUUCCGGAUUUGGAAAUGAUGCCCCUUACACUAUAGUUACUGUACCUAUACUAGACCACAAGCUUUACUUAACUAAGGAUCUUAAGUUUUAGAUUAGGAUUUAGCUUGUAAAAUUCAAGAUAGAUACACGUUGAAGUUUUAGACAUUAUAUAGCUGAUUAUUGUAGCAAAUCUCUCCUUUUUUUGUUAGGUGAUUCAUUACUACUGAAGAGAUACCUUAGCUUUCAUGAUUUUAAUGGUGGUGGUAGGCGGACAAUUGGACUGGAUGAUCUUGGAGGUCUUUUCCAACCUUGGUGAUUCUAUGAUUCCACAGCUUACCAUAUUCUUGGUUGACUGAGAACAUGUUACGUACUGUUUUCCAUGAAAAGGUCUCGAGAAGAAAUGUUGAAUCCAUUGUGUUCAAUCUCCAAGUUUAUUUUCAUCAUGCUAGCACAGAACAUAUUCUUGUAAUCCUGGGUCUUUAGGAACAGAUGAUCAGAGCAUCCUUUCUGGAUACAGAAAAAAAAACCUUAAGUUCUUGUUUGUUUGGUAUUUUUUCCACCAUUCCAUUCUGGAAUAGGGAAGAGAGGAUCUAAGAGCUAUGAAUUGCAAUUGAUGAUCUUACAUAGGAUUUAAAUCUUUUGUGAGAAGUCAAAUCUUGUUAUUUUAUAGCAGGAUGCAUUUUCACAGACCACAGACUCCCCACAAUAUAAUUGGUCUCUGUUAACGAACGUUGGGUGGAUGGAAAAGACUAUCAGUAUGUGGUACCUACACAGCAAGCAGGGCCCAUCACUGCCAACCUGUUUCAAGACCAACAAGACUUGCUUGGUUAUCUCCCCGUGCUGUUGUCGCAGUGGACACAGAUACUACAUGGUGCCUAUGAUCUUGUGAGCUGCACUUGUGACAAUGCAGGACUUGCCGUUCUCUUUCCUGUUGAAGAACAGCAACGUAGAUAAAGAGUCUGAUACAGGGAGCCCUAUUCACCCUCCUGCACAGGAGAAAGUAACCCUCAUUUUCUACUUCUCAGUGUAAAUACUAACAGACAAUAGAAAAAUCUCGUGAAGCAGUGGCAGUCAGAAAGGAUGUGCUGAUACUACUGAAACUUACCACGUUCCUAGCAAGUACGUAAAGCAUGCAUCACGCAUUUUUUCUGUGAAACAGUUGGUACUACCAAAUGAGGAAUAGGCCAUCAGGGGAUCGGUCUGGUUCCAUGAAUGGGGAAAGAUCCAAAAAUGUGGUCCUAAAAUUGGUGCAAAUUCUGAAAGCAAAUCAUAGAAGAAAGCCUUUAAUUUAUGGUAUAGUCAAGGGAGAUCUCAGCUCCUGUCUGCUUUCUUAUGUCUGUCUAUACCCGAAGGUACUCCUGCAUGUGUGUGGAUGUUGCCUUUCUGUGGCCUUCAGAACUAAACAUCCCUGCUGAGCAUUCUCAUCCUUAGUCCUUUCCCCCAGGCCACCCCAAGAAUCAGCAGAUUGAUAACUUCCAAGAAUUCGGAUUUGUGCUGCCAUGUUCCAGAUGCUCACUAGCCUUUCUUUUCUGGGUGAUCUCAGGAUAGAUACCAGAUUCUAAGUAAGCUGUUUCUUUUCAUUAACUUCAGCAUCUGUGCUGUUUCAUAGGUUGUUGCGUAGAGGCAGUCACUGCAAUACAAAUACCUUGAGCCUGAGCAAGAACUAUAUUUUCUUUAGCACCAAAGCUAGUCAUUAUUUUUACCUUUGAAAUAUUCGGGGUCAUUCUGCACUAGGGAAUGUGUUGCUUUUUCAAGGAGAGAAGACAACUUCUUUAUCAUGCUUUCAACUUGUGCGCGCUGAGCAAGUAAUUCGUGUUCCAAAGGCCAUUUUUCUAGGGCUCCUUUCAAAUAGCCUGCAGAAAUACAACCCAUUUUGUAUACUACCAUAAGGUCUCAGCCCACUCUUUUAUUUUUUCCCUCCUCCUUUUUAUAAUAGGGAGUUUUGCAGCCUCCUCCUAGUGACCCCCACCACCAUUUCUGAAAAUGGGAUUUAACAUAGAACCAAAUCGAGUAAUCCAGUAUUUUAGAACAUAUAAUACUGAAGUCUUGUCUGCUCUGGCUUGGUUAGCAGGUACCUUACUGCAGAGCAUUAUGCUACUGCAGUUAGAAGCCAAGCUAGUACUUGAUACAAUAUGAUCUGAUAUGAAGGAAGAAACGAAAGCUAUGAAAUAAAGUUAGUGUGAUCCCUGUAAGAGAGCAUGUUAUGAUGUUGCAGAGGUGGUCAGACAUCCCUGUAACCGCCUUUUUUACUUCCUUUAAAGAAUGGAUGCCAAUCCAGUGAUGCUCCAAUGAUGUUCAAUUGAAUUGAGAAGCUUCUGAGACAGAUGGAACUGUUCAGCCCAGAGAAAGCAAGAGUUGGGGUUGGAAAUCUCUGCAAUGUGUGCAGUUAUCUGAAGGGAGAGUGUGCAGAGGGUGAAGGCAGGCUCUUUUCCCUGGAGCCCAGUAACAGAACAAGAUGCUAAAGGUACAAACUGAAACACAGGAGAUUCUGUCUGAGCACAAGGAAACACUUUUGCAUUGUGAGUGUGACCAAGCCCAGGAGCAAGGUGCCCAGAGAGGUUGUGGAGUCUCUGUCCUCGGAGAUACUCAGAAAGCCCAGGGCAUAUUCCUGGGUUGCCUGCUGUAGGUGGCCGUGCUUGAGCAGAGGUUUGAGCCAGGUCACCUCUAGAGCUUCCUUCCAACCUCAGCUAUCCUGUGAUUCUGUGCAAUGGAUAGCAUCCAUAUGGGAAAAAAACAGAAGAGGAUUUCUCGAAUGCCACCAAAACCCCUCUGAAUUGCCCAAGAGAUCCCAGACACUUCUAUAGGCAAGGACUGUUUAAUUAGAUGCAGGAUGACCGCUGCUCUUUUUGUGUUUGCUUCUGUGAGUUUGGCAGACUGUUUGCAGUGCAUUUGCAGAGCAUUCUGUUAGUCCUCCAAUUUCUGCAGCUGGCUGGCUGUGUGUGUUUGCACUCCGAGUUUACAUGAGCGAUAUCAAGUUACUACCUUUACUGUCUUGUUUGUGAAGAAUAUCUAACCUGAAGAACGGAUCUUGACCCCUUCCUGAGGUGACAAAGUAGCCACGUAUUCAGGUUACCACCUACUCUCAAGUUCCUUUGGUACAUGGGAAGAGGCGGAUGUGGCUUAGGGAGUGCUAAUGUCCCUCUGCCCUCUCUGCUGCACCUGUGUUUCUGUUAAGGCAGGUGCUGAAGAAGGGGGUUGCUGAGAACACCAUCAAGCUCUGAUUCCAAACUGGGGAAGGGCCCCUUUGUGAUAACCCAAUCCAGAGAUAACCCAAAUGAGUCGUCUUAAAAACAAGAACCAAGGUUUCUCUCUUCUAAGACAUAACUGCGAUGCAAAGAACAGCUGGAUCACUACUCCUGUCAUUGCUUUUAGGAGCUGACUCUAAAACAUGAUAGAAAUUAAUGCAGAAGUUUAUAGAUAGAUACAUAUUGUGCUACUAGCAGUCAAGUCUGCUUAAUGUAAAGAGUAAAGUCAAGAAAGCUGGUAUCUCGAACAUGCCAUUCUGAGUCGCAAUACCUUGCAAAACACGGAAUCCCAGCACUGCAUCUAGAUUGAUGUCCUGGUACCGGUUCUCCAUGAAGACAGUCACUUUCUCAAGCACGGGAAUGAUGGAGCUCCUCACAUCAGGCUCAGUUUUCAAGCAGCUCGCCUCGCAGGCAGUGACCAGCAGCAAGAAGGGCAGAGACGCGGCCGCACCGCGACGUGCUGAGCAGCGGGGAGAUCCGCGUCGUGCCCCUCUCGGAGCUGCGGUGCUUGCGAGUUGGACCGAAGCUUUUCCAGUACGUUGUGAAAGUCGUUGCACAGACCGUGCAGUUACUGUACACAAUGCUGAGGAUGGAUCCGCCCUCCUAUGUUCUCCUUCAGAAUCCUCCAGGUUUGCCCAGCAUAGCUGUUGCCUGGGUUGCCUGUCUUUUCUGGAGAAGCAAGCUGAUAAUUGAUUGGCACAAUUAUGGAUACACUAUCAUGAGUCUGAAUCAUGGGAGGAAUCACCCUCUAGUGCUCAUUGCAAAAUGGUAUGAGAAGCUUUUUGGGCGUUUGUCUGACUAUAACCUGUGUGUCACUGAUGCCAUGAAGGAAGAUCUGUGGGUGAACUGCAACAUCAAGGCAGUAACACUGUAUGACAGGCCAGCUUCUUAUUUUAAGGAAACGCCAUUAGAACUUCAGCAUCAGUUGUACUUGAAACUUGCCAAAGACUAUGAGCCAUUUAAACCACAUACAGAGUCUGUCAGUUGGAAUGCUGAGAGGUCUGCCUUUACAGAAAGGGAUGAGAAGAGCGGGGAUGUGAUAAAAAGCAGAGGACGGCCAGCUCUUCUCAUCAGCAGCACCAGCUGGACGGAGGAUGAAGACUUUUCAGUCCUUCUGAAGGCGUUAGAAGAUUAUGAACAGUAUGUCAAUGAGGGAGUCAAGCUUCCAGCUUUAGUAUGUGUGAUAACAGGUAAAGGACCGCUAAAGGAGUACUACAAUGGACUGAUAAAGAAGCUACACUUUAAACAUAUCCAGAUCUGUACACCGUGGCUGGAAGCUGAGGAUUACCCAGUUUUGCUUGGCUCAGCAGACUUGGGUGUGUGUCUCCAUAAAUCAUCUAGUGGAUUGGAUUUACCUAUGAAGGUGGUAGAUAUGUUUGGCUGUUGCUUACCUGUGUGUGCAAUAUAUUUUGAAUGUUUACAUGAACUUGUGAAACACAAUGAAAAUGGGCUGAUAUUCAGGGAUUCACAUGAACUUGCAGAACAACUGAAGAUGCUUUUCUUGGGAUUUCCCACGCUGGAAGGCAAACUCCAAGAGUUCAGGAAAAACCUUCGUGCAUCCAAGCAGCUGAGCUGGGAUGAGAGUUGGGACCACACUGUUCUUCCUUUACUUAGCCAGACUGAAUGACUGCUGGGGGGUAUUGUAUCAAAAAAGCUACUGUCACAUGUAUGCACCUCCAGGACUGUCUUAAGUGGUAAAUAAACACUUGGCAUUGUUUACAACUUCAA